GGUACCGUCGGGGACGCGUCACCCUGGCAACGAAGUAGGCUUACAGCGCUAAUGCUAACUCAAACUUACAACAUAGCAAUAGUAGAAAGGUUUUUAUCCACGUACUCGUCCAUAUAAAACUAUACAUGAAACAUUAAUGGCUUCCAACAACCCAUCGGUGUUCCUGCUCAUGAUCAACGGGCAGAUCGAGGGAGGCAACUUUCCAGAGUACGACGACCUGUACUGUAAAUAUUGUUUCGUGUACGGCCACGACUGGGCUCCUACCUCGGGUCUAGAGGAAGGCAUCUCUCAGAUAACCUCCAAAAGCAGACUGUCGCCUCACAAACUCAUAUGGAACUUCCCACUGGAAAUUACAUUUAAGAGCACCAACCCAUCUGGAUGGCCUCAGAUCGUGGUGAGCGUGUACGGCCCGGACACGUUUGGCAAUGAUGUUGUCCGAGGCUACGGCGCCACACACGUCCCCUUUUCGCCCGGACAACAUACAAAAACAAUUCCCAUGUUUGUUCCUGAAUCCACAUCAAGACUUCAGAAAUUCACGAGCUGGCUGAUGGGCCGGCGGCCAGAGUACACAGACCCAAAGGUGGUGGCCCAGGGCGAGGGCAGAGAAGUGACACGCGUGUGCUCCCAGGGCUUUGUCACGCUGACCUUCCACAUCGUGACCAAGGACAUGAAGAAGCUGGGCUAUGACGGUACACCUUCAGAUCCCUCCAACACACUGUCCCAGGCCUCGUCGACCGGCUUGAGACCACACGAGUAGCCCCCCCACACAAAGCCUGUAUAUGAGGACACGACGGUAGCAUUGACAAAAGUGGGAGAUUCUGCUCAACAGACUGUAACUGAAUUUCCUUCACUUGCUGCCUGUUAUUGAUAAUUUUGUACAAGAUAUGAUUUGAUUUUGACACUGACGAAAAGAGAUGGCAUUAUACGAAACCAUGGGUAUAGGAAUACCCACGAACCCUGUCUUAUGUUAAGACGCAUCAUGAAUGAAAUUCUGUUUGUUUAUGCGCUUAUGUGAUUGUUUGGUAGCUAUAAAGAAACCUUCGUCCUUUGGGAUAUUUUUUGUAUUUUUAUAAUAAAUGGUCAUUUUUGCUUCAGAAUAGUUGU